AUGGUGAUGAGUUUCCGGGUCUCAGAUCUUCAGAUGUUGCUGGGUUUUGUUGGCAGGAGUAAAAGCGGACUUAAACAUGAACUAGUCACCAGAGCAUUGCAAUUGGUCCAAUUUGACUGCAGCCCUGAAGUUUUCAAGAAAAUUAAGGAGCUCUAUGAGACUCGGUACGCCAAGAAGACCUCUGAACGGGGGAUUGGUGGCGAGUUGCUGGUCUGUUUUUUUUCCUCUUCAGUUCCACAGAGUAACGAGAAGCUUCAGGAAAGUCCGUGCAUUUUUGCGUUAACACCAAGACAAGUGGAGUUGAUCAGAAAUUCCAAGGAGUUGCAACCUGGUGUGAAAUCGGUUCAGGUUGUGCUAAGAAUCUGUUACACAGACACUAGUUCUCCUCAGGAGGAUCAGUACCCUCCGAACAUCGCGGUGAAAGUGAAUCAUAAUUACUGCUCCGUGCCGGGCUACUAUCCAUCAAACAAACCUGGAGUGGAACCUAAAAGGCCCUGUCGUCCCAUCAACCUCACCCAUUUCAUGUACUUGUCUGCAGCGACCAAUCGCAUCACCGUUACCUGGGGGAAUUAUGGGAAGAGCUAUUCCGUGGGGCUGUACUUGGUGAGGCAGAUGACCUCGGCAGAGCUGCUCCAGAGGUUGAAAACCAUCGGGGUCAAACAUCCCGAACUUUGCAAAGCACUUGUAAAAGAAAAGCUACGCUUGGAUCCUGACAGUGAAAUUGCCACUACAGGGGUUCGUGUCUCUCUUAUCUGUCCGCUUGUGAAGAUGCGACUGUCUGUCCCGUGCCGGGCGGAAACCUGUGCACACCUGCAGUGCUUUGAUGCAGUCUUCUACCUACAGAUGAAUGAGAAAAAGCCCACAUGGAUGUGCCCUGUAUGUGACAAACCAGCUCCCUACGACCAGCUAAUAAUCGAUGGGCUCCUCUCAAAGAUCCUGACAGAAUGCGAAGAUGCCGAUGAAAUCGAGUUCCUGGUGGAUGGCUCCUGGUGUCCCAUCAGGGCGGAGAAGGAGCGGAGCUGCAGCCCUCAGUGUCCCAUAUUAGUUCUCGGUUCCUCAGAUGUGAACGGGCUCCUGCCCACUCCCAACGGCAACAACGGGGAGAACGGCAAGGCCACAGCCGACGUGGUGGAUCUAACGUUGGACAGCUCAUCGUCGGAGGAAGAGGAGGAGGAGGACGAGGAAGAAGACGAUGAUGACGAGGGACCCCAACCAAAACGACGCUGCUCUUACGAGAAAGGUUUAGUUUCUGCCUGCUGACUGUGAAAGCAGCUCUGGGGCUCAGAAUGGACAGACUUGAAUACUCUGGUGCUUAUUAAACUGGAGGAGGGGGGAGAACGUCCUCUCCCACCUCAUCUCCCUUCCUCCCUGAUCUCCUUUGACUUUCCUA